AUGGCCUCGCCGAGAUGCUUCUUCCUAGACCUACCUUGCGAAAUUCGUCUCGACAUCUACGCCCUUCUCCUUCUCAUCCACCCUCCCCUAGAUAGAGUCGGCCCGUCCUCGCCGCAAGCACGGCUCCAUCCCGCAAUCCUUUCCACAAACCGGCAAAUCCAUACAGAGGGGACGCCCAUUCUCUACGGCAGCAAUAUAUUCCUCGCGCACACCAAACUUCUGGCCUCCUUUCCGCGUCUACGGCCAUGGUACUCGCCCGUCCGGGAGCGCUCCGUGCUCCCCCGCAUCCGCCGCUUCCACAUCCGGCUGCGGCUAGACUGCGACCUGGCGUUUGAUGCCGCGGCCGCGACGGCAGCAUUCAACGGCGUGGAUGAGCUCGUCGUCGAGGUGUGGCAGGCCGCCUUCCAGAGUGCGGACCAUGGUGCGCUGCGGGUGUUUGAGGAGGUCCGGGCAGUCAAGACUGUCAGGGUCUAUGGCAGCAUCACAGGGUUUGAGGACUAUGUGGACUGGCUUGAGGGUGUGAUGCGCCGCGGCGGUGAAAUCGAGGGCAGCAAAGACAUCAGUCUUGUCGGGACGAUGCCAUCUCAAAGUCGAAUCCCGUGA